UGUACAACACAAUUUCCUCAACAACAACAAAAAAAGAUAAAUGAAAAUGUAUGCAUCAUUGCUGUGGCACAUGACAGAAUAGGUGCAUGUGCAUCUGUUAAGUAGGCGAUAUGCUUGCAGGUCUCGUCUUCUCUUCCCGUAUAACAGGACACUUUGCAGCUCAAUUUCCUCUGAGCUGCAGCCUGCAGCGGAGGUGCAGUAGCACACACGCAUGGGGAGAUGAUGAUGAACAUCAGCAGCAGUAACAGGGGAAGUGGGACUGAGGCCUCUCGUCCAGAUGCUUGGCCCGACAGCCCAGCCCCUCUUAACAUCAACCACUAUGCCAAUAAGAAGAGUGCAGCUGAGAGCAUGUUGGAUGUGGCUCUACUGAUGGCUAAUGCUUCCCAGCUAAAGGCUGUGCUGGAGCAGGGGCCAAACUUCUCUUUUUACACCCCCAUCAUCACCCUAAUCAGCAUCUCCCUCUGUCUGCAGGUCACAGUUGGGGUCCUGCUUAUCUUCAUAGUUCGAUGGAACCUGAAUGAUGAGCAAAAGCAUUGGAGGCUGAACUUUAUGGAAAACUUGGCCACAGGCCUGGUUUUUGUGAUAGUGGUUGUGAAUGUCUUCAUCACAGCUUUUGGAGUCCACAGGCCGAACCGCAGCGACUGACCAA